UCCGGUUGUACUGCCGUCAGCCUGUCACCGCUGAAUUUAUGCAACAUUCUUACUGUUUAGCAGCUGUGUUAUGAAACUGAACUCAGUUGUCCAGGUCACGUGUCAUCAGAUGAGGGGCCAGCUGCUGACUCCAUCACUUUCAGUGGGAGCAUACUGAAAGGUCUUUUGUGAAGCCUCAAAAAUUUCCCAUCAUGCAGUUAGAUGCCCAGCUGCGUCUGUGCCAGAGAUGCAUUUGGUGCUGCAAGGGUGGGCUGCGUUUUUUCUCCCAGAGCACAACACACAGAAAACCUGCAAACUACUAUCAACUACUGGGAGUCAAGUCCGAUGCCUCUUUGGAAGAAAUUAAAAAUGCUUUUUUUGACAAAUCUAAAAAGCUGCAUCCGGACAGUGACCCAUCUAACCCAGCAUUACACAGCCAGUUUGUGGAGCUGAACGAGGCCUACAGAGUGCUGAGCAAAGAACUGAGCAGGAAGGAGUAUGACUUCAAAAUUAGACAUCCAUACAGCGGCAGCAAAGCCUUCAGAUCUACAUCCACUCACACGGCAUACAGAGCCAGCACGGAGGCCAAUGACAACAUGCGGUAUUGGGAGCAGUUUGGUCGUACUAGUGCACAGCAGAUGACUGGAGAAGAGUGGCAGAAGAGGAGGAAGAGAAACUUCCGCCUGAUGGGCUACUGUGUACUCACUAUGGUGCUGAGUCUUGGAGCACACUUUCUCUUCUUCAGGAAACUAGAAGAAGUCCACAAUAAAUACAUGGAUGAGAAGGACAGAGUAAUCACAGAAAUUUACAAUGAAUGCAAGGAGAGAGCCAGGGUCAACAGUUUUGAGAAACAAACAGAAAUCCUGCGUCAGAAACAUGCAGAGUUUCAGGAGAAAUACAAACGCCGCAGCGAUUGAGAGGACAAGUAAGAAAUGUGUCCAGCUGUGCUUAAACUCCCAGCAAGUGGAGUGGCAGUUUGAGUGGGUCAUUAGUUUUAGAGUGUUUUUCUCUCUUAUUUAAAGACAUUAAUGCAACAGUGUCAGUCCUCAGAUGUGAUACUGGGGAUUUAUGGACAUGCAAAGCAGAAAUGUGACAUGGAAGGGUUUCUUUCAGUCACGCAGCCAUUAAACAGACUGAACUGCUGUGAAUUAAAUAUUAAUACCUGGUAGAAUAUAAUGAGGAAGGAGACAAAAAGACUCAAAGACCAGAGAAACAAUAAUGGACACUUGGACACAAAGUGAAUCAAAUGAACAGUAACCAUGCUCUUCAUUCAUUUUAUAUUAAUGAAAUCGUUAGUCACUUGCUGUGUUUGGAAAUGGCCCACUGCAUACUGAUGCUGACCAAAAAUGUGAAAAUUUGGAGUAUGCCAAAGAUAAGCAGAUGUAUACUGCUCUAGACAAGUUUCUAAGUAUCCCACACUUAAUGCUUAAAUGCAUCAAAAACAAAUAUACAGCUCAAAAAAUAAUAGACUUAGAAUGUAAGUAAAUAAAACUGUUGUAGUGUUUUUUGGAAACACUCAAACUAAGAGCUGAGAAGCAGCUAUUGCUACAUAGAGACAAACACCAGCAAUUAAUAUGACCCAUCUUAUUUGCAUCAAACAAUUCACUGAGGUUUCUAUGUAAAAAUUUAACAAGCCUCUAUAACCAUCUUUUAGCACCUGGCAGGAAAUCAUACCAAUGGUGAUAACCCUGAUAGACAUGUGACUGUUGUACAUAGCAGUAAUAUUCACAUACAGUUAACUGCACUGUAUGCUUCUGUAGAAAACAGUGGUUAGUAUCCAGUAUGUGAUUCCAAACACAGCCUGUGUCAUUUUUACAGUAAAUAUGCUAAAUGUAUGGGAAGACCUCAUGUUACAGAUCUGUUUUCUGUUCUGUUAUGUGAAGAAAAUCAGACACUGACACCAACUCCAUGGAACUCAGCCAUCAUUAGUUUUAUCAUUUACAGGUGGGCUUUUCCUGCUUUGUUAAAAAGACGGUUGCACCUGCACAGCUGUAUGUCAUUGUGCAUUUUAUGAGCCUCAUCAUGUUCAGGUGACGACUGAAGAUGCUGCUAACACAAGCACAUGCUAAGUCACAUGUUUUUUUCAUUUAAGGUGUCAGAACUGUGUCUGUUCACGAUUUCUCAUUGCUGUAAUGUUUUCCCUCUGUUCACUCUUCAUGAUACUGUUAAAACUUCUCAAUUUGUUCGAAAUAGAAUCUUUAAAUGAUGAAUAUUAUGACUUGAAAAGGGUAACACUGAGUAUUGUAUUUGUAGCAAAGCUAUCGCAACAAAAAUGUUGCAACUGGUACAAAGUGAAGCCAAUAUUUUACCAUUUUUGCCUUUCAGUUUUAACUAUUAGACAGCUUUAUGGUGUUUCGGAUUUUGACUGCCUUAUCUGUUUCUGGAAUGUGGUUGGCAAGUGAUUAAAGGUCCAAUUUUUUCCUCUUCAGUUA